AACUUUUUCAAAAAAAGGAAAAAAAACAGAGCUCACUCAUUAUUAUCUCUCUAAAAACCCUAGCUUUCUCCAUGGGCUUUCCCGUAGGUUACACAGAGGUUUUCUUACCGAAGCUUUUCGUACAAACGCUUUCGAUUCUCGGAUUCAUCAGAACCAUCGUCUUCUCUAUCUUCCGCUUCUUGGGUCUCUCAGAUUUUCUCGAAAUGGAUCAAACCUGGCCCGAUUACACAUCGUACCCGACCCGAAUACCCGAAACCCGCUCACCUUUCUCCGCACUCCUAAUUAGAGAGAUCCUACCGGUUAUCAAAUUCGAAGAGUUAACGAAUUCCGGCGAAGAUCUACCGGAAAACUGCGCCGUUUGUCUAUACGAAUUCGAAGGAGAACAAGAGAUCCGGUGGCUGAGAAAUUGCAGACAUAUAUUUCACCGGAGCUGUCUUGACCGUUGGAUGGAUCAUGAUCAGAAGACGUGUCCACUUUGUAGAACACCGUUUGUUCCAGAUGAGAUGCAAGAAGAGUUUAAUCAACGGCUAUGGGCUGCUUCUGGUGUUCAUGAUUUUCACUGUCCCGUGACCGAAUUAUUAUAGAAGAAGCCACGCUUUUCUAUCUUUUUCUGUGUCCCUUAUGUUCUUUUUUGUUUUGACUUUCACCCCUCUACUUUUGAUGUUGCUUUUUUCACCCCUCUUACUGACAUUUAGACUUGCCACGCUUUUAUGUGUGUAUAUACUCCUUACAUAUGAAUGAGAGAUGAGCAAUAAAUAUUACCGAGACAGGAAA